AUGAACUCUGACCGACCUGUCAUCUACUGUUAUUCACACACAUGGAGCUGGUGGAGACAUCUGGUGUCUCUGGCACAGGUGCUGGCCUCAGAGGGCUUCCUGUGUCUCCGCUUCACAUGCAAAGGUUUGAACCUGGGCUACAGAGUGAAGGCUUACCAUGACUAUCUAAAAUCACUGCAGAGGUUUAAUAUCAAGCAUAUAUUUGUUGGAGAAUCUGAAAAUGCUCUGUAUUGUACAUCAGGUGACAUCUUGUCUCAGUAUGUCCUGACCACAGGUUGGUCCAUGGGAAGCCACGCUGCUACAGCUUUAGCCCGAAAGCUGAGCAAUGAAUUGGAGGAUGCAGUGCAGGGUGUCAUCUGCCUGUCGUCCCCCCUGCACCCAUCAGCACAGACACACACCCAUCAACAGCGGAGUGACGAUCUCAGGGGGUUGCCUGAAAAUGUCCCCGUGCUGUUUGUGUCAGGCGCCAAGGACAACAUGUGUGACAGGGUGAGGAUGGUUAGGGAGUUACAAACAUACAGUACAUAAUGUCUGUGUGUAUGUGUGUUAAAUUACUUUUUAUUCUUAAAUUGUACUUGAAUAUACUAAAGUACAGCAUACUGUAUCCUCUGAUGUUUUGUGUAUCUGUAUUUGUCACACUCAGUUUAUUGUUUAUAUAUCUUAGAUUAUUGACUUUUCUGUAUCAGGACAUAAUCUUUCAAGAGAGAUGUCGAUGGUUACGUCUCACUGUUGUGAUUUUUGUUUGCUGUCUUCGCUCAGGUUCUUUUCGAAGGGAUAAUAAAGCAAAGGAAAGCCCAAGUGGAGGUCUUGUGGAUAGAAGGAGGCAGCCAUGUGAAAGAAAGGUCUGAGGAGUCGGUGCUGGAUGAUGUGAACCUACAGGUCA